CGUCACGGAGCUUAAAAGACCCCGCGGGAUUGUUAGGCAGCACACUUGCUUCUAUGGCCAAGGCAUACAUAACUACGAGGGAAUCCGCGUCUUCCUUUCUCUACAUUCCUUCUACUCUGCAUGCUCAGUUUACACAUCAAUUCUCAUGCUCCUUUCCUAGCUUCACAUUGUCACUCAUCGAUAAUUCUUCACUCGGAUCGGCACCACGCCUUCUUAAUUCCAAGGACUUUCGCUUCGCUUCUUACACGCCUCAGAACUCUACCUUACCAUCUCUUUUUCUUUUGAUGAGACCAUUCAAUUUGGCUGAUUGCCAGCAAUCAAUAAAAAAUGUCCACCAAAGAAAUGGAACCACCUACUGAACAACCUACCGUCUCUCAGCCAUCUACGCCAACUCUUCCCUCCAAGGAAAAUGAGAACCCACACGAGUAUCCUUCGGCGGGCAAACUAUGGCUUCUCAUGCUCUCCCUCUAUAUGUCCAUGUUUCUCAUCUCACUAGACAAAACCAUCAUUGCGACCGCCAUCCCCCAAAUUACAAACUCGUUCAACUCGCUCAGCGACAUUGGCUGGUACGGCUCCUCCUACAUGCUAACGCUCUGCGCCUUCCAACUCGUCUGGGGUCGCAUCUACACGUUCUACUCCCCCAAAACUGUCUUCCUGACCACCAUCUUCAUUUUUGAAGUUGGGUCCGCAAUCUGUGGUGCCGCACCUUCGUCAACAGGAUUCAUCAUCGGCCGUGCUAUUGCCGGAAUGGGUAGCGCGGGGAUCAGCAAUGGCGCGAUUAUUCUCGUCAUGCACACCGUGCCUCUAGAGAAGCGGCCGAUGUUCCAGGGUUUCAUCGGGGCCGUGUUCGGAGUCGCCAGUGUAGUCGGACCACUUCUUGGAGGCGUUUUCACGCAGAAGCUGAGCUGGCGAUGGUGUUUCUACAUCAACCUACCCCUCGGCGCUGUUUCAGCCGCAGUGCUGAUUCUCUUUCUACGACUUCCGAAGAGGAAAGAAGAAGAGAAAGUCCCACUUCGAACGCAGAUAAAGAAACUGGAUCCCAUCGGCACCGCCGUAUUCCUCCCCUCCAUCGUCUGUUUACUCCUCGCCCUCCAGUGGGGUGGAACCACGUACCCCUGGUCAAACUGGCGCAUCAUCCUUCUGCUUGUGCUCUUCCCCCUUCUCUUCGCCGCAUUCAUGGCCCUCCAGAUCUGCUAUCCCGACACAGCAACCCUCCCUCUGCGAAUCCUCACUCAACGAACCGUCUUCUCAGGCUUCUUCUACGCUUUCACGAGCCAAGCCUCCGUGCUCGUAAUAACAUACUACAUCCCGCUAUUCUUCCAAGCCCUCAAAGACUUCUCGCCUGUAUCCUCCGGCUUCGCCAUUCUGCCAUCCGUACUAACCCUUGUCAUCGGCGCGAUGGUCGCUGGAGGUCUGGUCCAACGUUUCGGCUACCCAGCGCCGUUUAUGUACAUCUCGUGCAUCCUGUCGGCCGUCGGUGCGGGCAUGAUAUCAACGUGGCCGAUUUCCGCGACCACGCGCGUUUGGAUCGGAUAUCAGGUGCUGUUUGGUCUAGGCAUCGGUCUCGGCAUGCAGCAACCGAGUAUAUCGGUGCAAUGCGUGCUCCCGCGUCCAGAUGUUUCGAUGGGUAUUUCGCUAAUGUUCUUUGGGCAGAAUCUUGGCGGCGCCGUGUUCAUCAGCACCGCGCAGAAUGUUUUUGUUGAUACACUGGCGAGGAAGUUGAGUGAGAUUCCUGGCGUGGGGAUUACGAGGCAAAUGGUGGUGGAGAUGGGGGCUACGCAGCUUGUGAAAUUGGUUGGGGAAGAAUUGCGGGAAACCGUGUUGGAGGGGUAUCAUGUGGCGAUCAGGAAUGCGUUUUAUGUAGGUGUGGGGUUGUCAUGUGUAAGUUUGAUCGGCGCGCUGGGCGUGGAAUGGGUUAGUGUUAAGAAGGGGGAGAAGAUGGGUAGUGCAGGGAAGGAUGAGAAGAAGGAAGUUGGUGGGGAUAAGUUAGCUGCGGAGGAGGAAGGGAGGAAGGGAGAGAAGGAGGUUGUUGAUAGGGAGGUGUGAGCACGGGAAUUUUGUCGAGGUCUUGUAAGAGGAGGAGAAGGGAUAGGAACUAUAGGUAUUUGCAUUGUACAUAGACAUUUGGUCAUAGGGUAUACCCAACUCUUGUAAGUAGAUUAUUGGUAAAAAACACAUGGAAGUCGGACAUUGAGGAAAAUAUGUAAUUAGGCUAUUAGGAAAC